AUGAAAUUCAUAAUCUAAUACUUAGAUUAAUUUGAAGAAAUAGAGAUAGAGACAAAGGGAGAGGGAGAUGUUGACUUACCCGCGCUACUAAAAUUGAGAGCGAAGCAGCUUUUUCCCUAGCUAAAAAAUAAUGAAAUAGAACUUAUGACUGAAUGUGGUUUUGAAAUGAUUAAUAAUGGCUCUAAGUAUGUUUGUGAAAAUGAUAAUGAUGACACUGAUAUUGUUUUAGAGGCUAAGUAGGUAAAGGUAGAAGUUGUAGAAGAAAACUGGAUGAUGAUAAAAAACAACUAAGAAAUGAAUCUUCUUAAUGAAGUAUGCAAAACUGCUUCUAAUAUUAGCAUUGAUGAAUAUUCUGAAGAAAUUCACAAACAGAUUAGAGAUGAUUUGAUUGUAUCGUUCUAGCCUUACUAUUCCUACUUUGUAGAUAAGCUUUCUAACUUAAAAAAUAACUCACAAAUGAACAUGAAUUAGGUUUUUAUCUAAAUUAUUAACUCUAUUCACACAACAAUUAAUGAGUUCAACUUCACAGGAGCAUAUAUUGUGAAGCUGUGUUGUGAUUAUCUCUCACCUUCUUUUCACAUCAGUUUAGACUAACUCCCAUCUAAUUUAUAAAAGCACAAAUAAGAAUACAUUAGAUUUAUUGAUGAGCACUUAUUCGAUAUUGUAGCAGCUGCUUCCUUGAAAGAUAAAUCCAAAAUUGAAAUGCUCAUUGAAGGACAUAACAUUACAGUUCAUAAGGCACACAAAGAUGACUGGGAGCACAGAAUUAAUAAGAUUGUGAAACAAUCCCGCAUUCGCAAAUAAAACAGCUCCGAUUAAGUACAAUAUCACAGUGAUCAUGAAUUGGUUUUAUCAUAAACUUAAGAAGAAUUUUACUAAGACUACAACUUUGAAGUAACUAAGCUAAAAUUAAAAAUGAAAUGCCAGCUAUUUGCUGAAAGUUGGAUCUCUAUACAAGUACUUAAGAGAGUUUAUGCAGAUUAAAACACUGAAUUCGAGGAGUUGGAGGAAUUGUAGGAAGAUUGUGUAAAAUGUAUAAAUUUAAGACAAAAUGCUAUUGAGUUACUUGUAAUUAAAUCUUUGGAUCUAACUUUUGAAUAACUUAUGAAUGAGAUAGAAAUGCUUGUCUUGCCAGAAGAGUCGAAAAGCAUUCUUCUGAUUUAGCUCUACUCUCUACGUCCUUAAGUAGAUAUAAAGAUUCCUGACUAUGUUAGAGAAAAGCAUUAAUCACUACUCUCAUAAGGAGAAUUCAGCGAGAGUUCUGUAGUAAAGCAUGAUUAAAAAAUAUCAUGCCUUUGUCUUGACGGAGGUGGAAUAAGAGGCAUUAUUUAGCUUAUUUUCCUAACAGAAUUAGAAAACUUGACUAAGAAGAAGUGCUCAGAAAUAUUUGAAUUCUUUGGAGGAACUUCAAUAGGAGGUAUUAUUUCACUCGCCCUAGCCUCAGGUCAUUCUGCAUAGAGCUUGUUAUAUAAGUUUAUUGGUAGCACAAAAAAUCACAUAUUUUCAUCUCGCCAUUAUAUUCGUUACUUAAUCGGAGUUAAACCAGAUGGUGAUGAUUCUUAAUUUAAGUACCCUUUAUACGACAAGGAAGGAAUAGAAUCUGAGCUAUAUGAUUUCUUCAAUGAUCUAAAAAUUGAAGAAUUAAAAUCUAAUGUGCUUAUCACAAGCUGUGAAAUCUAAAAUAAUGAGCUAAUACCAGUUGUGUUCACUAAGCUGAAUAACGUUUGUGGAAAACAAAAUAUUAUAGGAAUACAUCCUUAGCUUGAAAUUGAUACAAGUUACUCAAGUGUAAAAGUAAGAGAUAUUGCAAGAGCAAGUUCUGCAGCCUAUCCAUUCUUUGCAGCUACUGUAAUAAAUGGUUCACCAUUUGUUGAUGGCGGUUUCCUAUUUAAUAAUGUCGAUAUUUUGGUUACAACCUAUCUUUUGGGUAGAGGAUACAAAAAAUAAAAUAUUAAGAUGCUCAGCCUUGGAAAUGCACCUAAAGAAAUAGCUUCUUCAAGCAAUGGAUUAGAACACGCAAGGACGGCUAUUUUAGGACUUGUAAAUUCUUUAAAAGGAAUGGCCAAUCCGGAAACAUACUACGAAUAGUACUUUGCUAUGGCAAACUUAAAUUUAGAUCAUAGCUUGCAAGAAACUAAAAAUUCUCUUAAAGAAAAUUACAUCAGACUUGAACCUGAUUAUAGUGGAUAAGUAAUAAGCUUAGAUUCAGUAACUGCUGAUUCUGUUAAUAAGUUAAAAACUAUUGGGGUCAACUGGAUAAAUCUGAGCAAUCAAAAUAACGUUUUUAACAAUAUAUGUGAUGUUAUUUUUGAGAAAAAGAUAUCUAUCUUGACUGAAGAUCCUACCAUUUAAAUCAUGCCAAGAUAUUUUAGCUAUAAGGAUUCUUAUGAAGAAAUUGAAGCUGCUUUAAAUGAACAAAAUGAUGAAAAAUGGAAGAGUAGCUUAAUGAACUUUGUUUUCAAAGAUAAAUCACAAACAGUUAUUGAACCUAAAAGUAUUUUCAAUAGCAUUAAGCAGUACAUCAGUAAAACAGAGUUAGAAGAACAUCAACUUCUCAACCGUGCAUCAGCAAUAGGUCACAUUCCUUCUAUCAAAAAGAUCUUAAAAGAUAAAGAUUAAAAUCAGAAAAAAGAAAUCAUUCUGAAAGAAUCAAUUAAUUAUUGGAAUUCUUUACAUUUUGCUGCAGCAAAUGGUGAAAUUGCCUCUUUUGUAUAUUUGUUGAGCGUUUUACUUCAAACUGAUCUCUUCCUACCUAAAACAAACAGUGAAAUACCAGAAAGAAUGAAAAAGUGUCUUUCAAACAUCUAAUGGAUUUCUAUUCGCUAGAAUAUCAAGACAUUCCUUUAUGACAAAAUGUCUAAAAAUUUGCCAUUCUCUAAUGUGUAUGGUCCUAUUUUUAAUUACCAUUAAGUUGAUACUCUUCACUUGGCUAUAGAAAAUAAGCAAGAAGCUUUUGAAAAGCUAAUCAACUUAUUACUUUCUGAUUGA